AUGCAGAGUUCCAACCAUCAAGGAAUAAAGUAAUCUAGCUAUUUUGAUUACAUUUUUGACUCAUGGAAUAAAUCAAUUGAUACAUCAAGAACAAAGGAACCAUAAUAAACAAAAUUAAAAACAUCAAAUAGAAGAUAAAAUCAUUUUUAAUAUAAAUCUAUAUUAGAUUAGAAUUAAGAAUAUGAUCACGAUUAAAUAAGUACAACAAAAUCUCAAUUACAUUAAAAAAAUAAAAUUGUUCCUUUAAAUUCAUAUAUCAACAAUCUCAAUGGUCGUAAAGAUGAGCAAAAAGAUGUACAAAUUUUAUCUAUAAAGAGAAUUAUUAACAAUAAAGUUAGAGCUCAAAAAAUAAAUCUACAAAUAGGCAGUCUUCUCCAAAUAAGAAAAAUUUUAAUGAAGAGGUAGAGUAGAAAUCUGAUUGUAUUGCUAACUAUUCGACAAUCUUUUCUUAGCCUAUUAAAAACAGUUAACCAAAUUCAUUGAAUUAUUCCUUAAAUUUCAAAUUAAUUCUUCCAAAAAUUAAGUAGACAAAAACGUAAAAAGUAGGAAUAAGAAAAUUUAAAGUUAUUAGUAAAGUAAUUGGGAAAUUUAUUUUAUUGUUCUAUCACAUUUUACCUAGUACAAGUCCAAAAAGAAUUCUAAUGAAUAAUAAAUUAAAAUUAGCUUUGAAUCUCAAGAAAACUUUUAAAUUUGAUAGAAAUAUAAAUGAAUCAUUAUCAAAAUCUUUUAAGUAAUGGAUAGAACCCUCCUUCUAAAAGAUAUUUUUCUAUCUACAAAAUGCAUUUCCUAAAAUUUUUUCUGAAAAGAUCUUUGAUUAGAGAGAAAUUCAGGAUUCAGAAUCACUUUGGACUUUAAACUUUGCAAAAUUUUUAUUUUAAAAUUUAGAACUAAUUACAAGAAAAGGCAACAUACCAAAAGAGAUAAUAUAUGCCAUGUCAAAAUCUAUAUACAAGGAAAAUAAUUAAUUUGUAUAGUUGUUUGUGGCAUAAAGAACUCAUUUUUAUAAAAAACCAUUCAGUAAUUUGGAACUCUAAUUAUUAUGCUCUGAAUAUAUUUUAUUUAACGGAAUAGUGAUACAAUUAUUUGAAUUAACGAAUAAUUUGAAAUAUCAAUCAUUUAAUCAUAAUCUUAAUUGCAAGAUAUAAAUAAUAAAAUUGGUAAGCAUCCUGAACCUAUUCUACAUAAGAGCCUUCUAAGAUAUGCCUUUGAUAAAUUAGAAUAUUUAAGAAGAUCAAAUAUACACAAGAUUGAUACACAUUACUCCUGAUUAAGAUUAACAUUUAUACUUGUUGGAUACAAAGGAGAAAAGCAAAUUGGAAAGUAUGAUUUUAGGAUUGAAACAUGAAUAAUAUAUUUAACUAGUACUUUAAUAAAGAGUGAAACAGAACUAAUAACUAGAAUUACUAUUCAAAUAAUUUAUCCAUAAUUUGGGUUCUCAAGUAGUGAUUUUUUGA